AUGGGGCCCCCGGGCAAUAGGGGAUCAUGGGGGCCCCUGUGUCCUUGCCCAAACUCAAAAAAGCCUAUGAAAAAGGUACCAGGGGCAUCUCAUGGGGCCCCCUACUGACCCCGGGCCCUCGGGCAGUGCCCAAGUUUCCAAAUGGUCAGUCCGCCUCUGACAUGGAGUGAUCGUACAAUAAUCUGAUCGCUAAUAUACAGCUUUCAGGAGCCGAUUCCAAUAACCAAAGGGAGAAGCGCAAACAUUUUUCUCGUACGAUUUUCGUUUAAUCAGUACAGUAGUCAUUC